AUGGGGAAACGGAUCCGUCUUCUCCUUCCCUCCAAAUUUCUCCGCCACAAUCCUCCUCCGAAUUGCAAAUUCCUCUGCUCUCACUCUUCACUCACAGCCAUUCCGGAUGAAACAAACGCCACCUCCUCCAUCACCAAUGACGGAGCCGUCGCUGCCGACGAAGAUCUCCAAGAACAGCUCCGAAAUCUUCGGAUAUUACUCCAACAGAGCCGCACCGAAACUGCAAAGAGGCACCUCAAGACCCUCAUUGAUUCCCAUUCCGUCUCUCAACUUUACACGCUCUUCUCCUCCUCCUCACCUCCACCGGUAAAGCCCAUGUUUUUCAACAUGCUCUUGUCAAUGUACGCUGAAUCAAAGCGCCCCAUUGAGGCCACGGAAGUCUAUAAUCUGGUCAAAGAAGAUGGUAGUUUUCCUUCCCUCUCUGCUUUUAACCUAUAUCUUGAAUCAUUGGUUACUUCAAGUGAGUAUAAUAAGGCCCUCGAGGUGUUUUCUCACGCGGUAGUUCGGGGCGUUCGGAUUGACAAGUUUAGCUACGGUAAGGCCAUACAAUCUGCCGUGAAGUUAGGGGAUUUGCAAGGGGCAUUGGAGAAAAUGCAGUCCAUGCAAAAAUGUGGAAUGAAGCCCAAUGGUUUUGUGUACAAUGUUCUGAUAGGAGGGCUGUGUAAAGAGAGGAGGGUGGAGGAUGCACGGAAGCUGUUUGAUGAAAUGGUGCAUAAAAGAGUGAUGCCUGACAGGGUAACUUACAAUUCACUCAUUGAUGGCUACUGUAAAUCGGGGAAUUUGGAGGAGGCGUUUAAUCUAAGGGAAAAGAUGAAAAAUGAUUGUGUGAAGCCUAAUAUAGUCACCUUCAAUACUUUGCUUGGUGGCCUUUGUAAGGCAGGGAGGAUGAAGGACGCUAAAAAGGUAUUGGAGGAAAUGGAGGUUCAUGGGUUUGUUCUUGACGGACUUACCUAUAGUAUACUUUUCGAUGGGCACUCAAGGUGUGGAAAUGUGGAUGCUUCGCUGGCUUUGUAUGAGGAAGCUGUUCGAAAAGGGGUACCUUUGAAUGAGUAUACUUGCAGUAUUUUGUUAAAUGGGUUGUGCAAGGAAGGGAAAAUGGACAAGGCUGAGGAACUAUUGAAGAAGUUGAUGGGCGAUGGGCUUGUUCGGACAAAGGUGAUCUUUAAUACCAUUGUGAAUGGGCAUUGCAGGGAAGGCAGUGUGGAAAAAGCUCUUUCCAUUAUUGGAGAAAUGGAAAAUGUUGGGGUGAAGCCAGAUUGCAUCACAUUCAACACCGUGAUCAAUAAGUUCUGUGAAUUGUCCAAGAUGGAUGAUGCACACUACUGGGUUAAGAAGAUGACCGAGAAGGGAAUUUCCCCCAAUUUACAGACAUAUAACAUCCUAAGUCAGGGCUAUGGACGAAGUCGUCAAUUCGAAAGGUGUUUCCAGAUUCUUGAGGAAAUGGAAAGCCAUAACGUCAAUCCUAACGUUGUUACUUAUGGUUCUUUGAUAAAUUGCUUGUGCAAGGAUGGUAGGCUUCUCGAAGCUGAAAUAAUCCUAAGGGAUAUGAUCGGUAGAGGGGUUUUGCCAAAUGCGCAAAUAUAUAAUGUACUUAUAGAUGGUAAUUGCGCAAGAGGAAAGAUUGAUGAUGCAUUUAGGUUGUCUGAUGAGAUGAUAAAAUGUCAAGUAGACCCAACGAUUGUGACAUACAAUAUAUUGAUUAAUGGGCUAUGCAAAAAAGGUCGGGUGAUGGAAGCUGAAGAAUUGGCUUUGCAAAUCGUAAGCAAGGGUCUAAACCCUGAUGUCAUUACAUAUAAUUCCUUAAUGUCAGGGUACUGCAAUGCAGGUGAUAUCAGUAAGAGCAUGCAGUUAUAUGAGAAGAUGAAAGCAUCGAGCAUAACCCCUACCUUAAGCACAUUUCAUCCUCUAAUUGCUAAAUGCAAAACAGAAGAAACAGGACUGCUACAGAUAGAGAAAAUUGUACAAGAAAUGUCCCACAUGAACCUGAUUCCCGAUCGAGUUGUAUAUAAUGAGCUCAUCCGUUGUUAUGUAGAGCAUGGAGAGGUCGACAAAGCAUUCUCUUUGCAGAAUGAGAUGGUAGAAAGAGGAAUUAGUCAUGAUCGGAUGACAUACAAUGGCCUGAUAUUGGGGUGCUUUAAGCAGUGCAAAUUUGAGAAGGCAAAGGAUCUUUUCGAGGACAUGAGAGCUUGCAGAUUGAUUCCUAAUGCGGAGACAUAUAACAUGUUUAUUGACGGACACUGCAAGCAGAAGGAUUUUUUAGGGGCAUAUAUUUGGUAUAGGGAAAUGCUUGAAAAUGAUCUCUACCCACCUAUCGCUAUUUGCAACGAGCUACUCUCAGGCCUCAGAGAGGAAGGGAAGCUUGAGGAGGUCCGUAUAAUUUGCUCUGAGAUGAGUGUCAAAGGAGUUCAUGAUUGGAGCUUGAACGAGGACCUCCAUGCUGUUGCCAAAGUGCAGGGUGGAAGCGCAUCGAUAGCCCAUCUCUUGUGACACUUUCUUAAGUUGUACAUACUUUAGCUGUUCAUUCUUCUGUUCUUCUAGCGCGGAAAUGGGGUCAUAAGCUGUGAUGAAUCUAGCAAUACGCCAUUCCUCUGUUGAUAGUGAGGUGAUGAUAUUUAUUGUAUGUUUCCGAUGUCAUCAAAUUGCUGAAGAAUGCGUUGCUUGGUUACGUAUCCGUUUGUUCAGUGCUUAGCCUACAGGCUACAGU